CGUCCAAACCGAACCAAGCCAGGACACGACAGACAGCAGGCCCUAAUUUUGGCUUCCGGCCAGUUCCAGGCCGGCCGUUACUAGCUAGCGAUCCUUCCCGAUCCACAGGGAGGAGUCAGAGGUACGUACAGGCUGGUGGUCUCUGCUAAUAAGCUUCUCGCGCGCUGCCGUGGCCGGCUGGCCGCCGAUCGAUAUAAGCGGCUCCGCCGCCAACCUCUCUUCCUCGGUUCUUCCCCUUGGUGGAAUAAUCAGACCAAAAGCCAUGGAAGAAGCAAGCUCCACGUUCUUCCUUCAGCGCGCGCGUUGCCGGUGGUAGUUCUAGUUCCCUGCAUUGCGUCACAAACGAGAAGAAGCAGGCGCCUCUUGGGGUUCCAAUUCCAAUCCAUCGCGACGUACGACACCAUCCACACGGAUCGUCGCGACGGCAGGCCUCCUCCAUCAGCCGUAGUCAGCCCCCGCCCCUCAUUAUACAAGACCGAGACGGAGGGACGACGGCAGGAUCCGGCCACGAUGUCGCCGGCCGGUCCCACCGUCAUCUGCGCGGCCAGGGACGGCGGCGACCUCGGCCUCCUUCCGCUGCGCCCGCCGUCGUCCUCCUCCGCCUCCGCCUCCGCCGGCGCCGCGAUCAUGAUCUACCUGACGGCACCGGGGCUCGCCGUGAUGCCGAUGCGGGUGAUGGCGUCCGACUCCAUCGCGUCGGUGAAGCUCCGGGUGCAGACGUCCCGGGGCGUCACGGCGCGCAAGCAGAAGCUCGUCUUCGACGGCCGCGAACUGGCGCGCGACGACGGCCGCAUCCGGGACUACGGCGUGGCCGACGGCAACGUGGUGCACCUCGUCAUCCGCAUCCCCGACCUGCGCCUCAUCACCGUCGAGACCGUGCAGGGCGGCAAGUUCAGGUUCCGCGUCGAGCCCGGCCGAACCGUCGGGUACGUCAAGCAGCAGAUCGCCAAGGACCGCCGGCUCCACCCGACGACGCGCCCCGACCCCGACGAGCAGCGGCUCGUGCUCGAGGGCGAGGACCUCGACGACCGCCACCUCAUCCACGACGUCUGCAGGGCCGACGGCGCCGUCAUCCACCUUCUGGUGCAGCGCUCAUCGUCCAAGAUCAGCGCGACCGAGGCCGACGACGACGGCUUCGAGGUCUCCAUCGUCGCGCGCGACGCCGGCCAGCAGUUGCCACGACGUGACGUCGGGAUCGAGCCCGUCGUCGUCGGCGAUCCCAAGGCGGCGGCGCAGCAGAAGCUUCCGUCGGCGGUCCGUGACAUGAUCGACGCGGCGGUGGCCGGGAUGGAGAAGGGGAACGCGCCCAUCAUGUCGUCGGAGGGCACGGGGGGAGCCUACUUCAUGCAGGACGCGACGGGGCACCGGCACGUGGCCGUGUUCAAGCCGGCGGACGAGGAGCCCAUGGCCGCCAACAACCCGCGCGGCCUCCCCGUGUCGUCCACCGGGGAAGGGCUCAAGAAAGGGACGCGCGUCGGGGAGGGCGCGCUCAGGGAGGUGGCGGCCUACAUCCUCGACCACCCACGCGACGGCGCGACCGGGUUCGCCGGCGUCCCGCCGACCGCGCUCGUCAGGUGCACGCACAAGGCCUUCAGGCAGCCGCUUGAUCAGGCUAGCCCGCUGGCGGCGCCGCCGCCGGUGCCCAAGCUGGGAUCCAUGCAGGCCUUCGUCAGCAACUGCGGGAGCUGCGAGGACAUGGGUCCCCGCGCGUUCCCGGUCCACGAGGUCCACAAGAUCUGCGUGCUGGACAUCCGCCUCGCCAACGCCGAUCGCCAUGCCGGCAACAUACUCGUCUGCAAACACGACGACGGCGACGGCAUGUCGCUGGUCCCCAUCGACCAUGGAUACUGUCUCCCUGAGAGCUUCGAGGACUGCACGUUCGAGUGGCUCUACUGGCCUCAGUGCCGGGAGCCCUUCGGCGAGGAGACGGUGGAGUACGUGCGGUCCCUGGACGCGGAGGAGGACAUCGCCAUGCUCAGGCUCCACGGGUGGGAGGUGUCGCGCGAGUGCGCGCGCACCCUGCGCGUCGCCACCAUGCUGCUGAAGAAGGGCGUGGAGAGGGGUCUCACCGCCUUCCACAUCGGGAGCGUCCUGUGCAGAGAGACGCUCACCAAGGAGUCCGCCAUCGAAGAGAUCGUCCGUGAGGCGGAGGGAGCUGGAGGAUGCGACGACGACGAGACCGCCUUCCUGCAGGCAGUCUCGGAGAUCAUGGACCGCCGUCUCGACGAGAUAUCACCGCUCGGAGCUAAAGUGAUUUGAGAGAAUUGUUAAGGCUGCAAUAUAUAUAUAUAUAUAUAUAUAUA